GACAGAGACAAGCAGUUUUGCUGUUGCGCAAUCAACGAAUAAUGCUACCUAGGAAGCCGUCAAACAAAUCACACGCAAAUAUUUCCCAUUCGAAUCUGCGUGUCUCCCCCUCUCUCUCUCCUCGCCACGUACUCCUCCCAGCUCUCUUUUGCCAUCUCAUUUUCGUCAAGCCAUGCACGAAUCCAUCUUCUCUCUCUCUCUCUCUCUUUCUGGGUGCAACAGAAAGAACAUUCUUUUCCGCGACUUCUCUGCAGAUCUCGUCUGCAUCUUCUUUUCACGUUUUUUAGGGUGGCAUUGGCUGAUGUUGAUGAUGGGUGGUGGGUCCAUGUUGAGGAGGAAGACUCUGGGUUUCGAAUGGGCCAAGAGUUACUACGGCGGCGGCGGUGAUCAUGCCUCGGAUUGGUGGGACGAGAUUGACGAGUCCGAGCAAUGGCAGAAGGGGAUCUAUUAUUCCUUGUGUGCAUCCUACGCAUUGAUUUCUUUCAUUGCUUUGGUGCAACUGUGCCGCAUUCAAUUCAGAGUGCCGGAGUUCGGUUGGACGACACAGAAGGUUUUCCAUCUGAUGAAUUUUGUCGUGAACGGACUGAGGGCUUUCAUGUUUGGUGUAUACAAGAGCGUGUUUCUUCUCCGUCCCAAGGCGCUAGAAAUAAUGCUUCUCGAUCUUCCGGGACUAUUAUUCUUCUCAACGUACACAUUACUAGUCUUGUUCUGGGCUGAGAUAUAUCAGCAGGCGCGAAGUCUUCCUAUUGAUAAGCUUAGGCCGACGUAUUAUGCAAUUAACGUAGUCAUAUACUUCACACAGGUAUGCAUCUGGAUCGGUGUAAAAUUGAGCCCGAGUCAUACAGCGAUCGUGGUUUCAAGACUCUUUAUGUCAGCUGUUUCGUUUUGUGCUGCACUUGGGUUUCUGAUAUACGGAGGCAGGUUGUUCGUCAUGUUGAGGCGCUUUCCUAUUGAAUCGAGAGGCCGACAGAAGAAGCUGUACGAGGUCGGCUUCGUCACGGCAACUUGCUGCACUUGCUUCCUGAUAAGAUGUCUAGUGGUCUCUAUUUCGGCUUUCGACGACAAUGCGGACGUCGACGUCUUGGAUCAUCCGAUUUUGAAUCUAAUCUAUUACACGUUGGUGGAGAUCGUGCCCUCGGCCUUGGUUCUCUAUGUCCUGCGGAAGCUGCCCCCGAGGCGCGUAUCAGAUCGAUACAAUCCGAUUAGAUGAGAGGCUUCAAUGGCUGCUCACCUGUUGCGUAAUUGUUUCAUUUCAUUCAUCUUUCUGAGAUGAGAUGAUCAUGGUAUUAAAUUGAAAAAAUUUCCUGGAAGCGCAUGUUCA